AUGCUCGAGAGUCAAGUGCGACGAUAUAUAGAGGAGUUAGUUUCGUCGUCUGCCGGCACUCCCAACGAUGGCAGCAUAUCCUCUGUAGCUAUCGACCUAUCAGAUAGGUAUAUUGGGACUAAGGGCUGCCGAGCCCUUUGUGAGGCACUCAGACAGAUAGGCAAUGAUAAGAUGCUGAUACACUCCUUGAACCUAGCUGGUAAUAACAUACACUCUGAGGGUCUUAUAGACCUUGGGAAUGCCAUACGUAGUAGCCAGGCUUUACGGCAUGUGAAGGAGAUCGUAUUGGAUUGGAACCCUCUAGGAGAGGCUUCACCUCAAUGCUUUGAGUCCCUGCUCUCAUCGCUCAGUGUGGCUCCUGAUUUGAGUAUACUAUCUAUGCAAGAAUGCCAGAUUAGCCCUGCUGGAGCUGAAGCUAUUGCCUCUACACUGCUUACGCACUCCCGGAGUUUGCGUCACUUAAACCUCUCUCAUAACGCCCUAGGCCCGACUGGUGGGGAGGUCCUAGCCUCAGCUCUUAAUAAUUCUGGUUGUCACACUCUCACUACUGUGAAGCUUACGGGCAACUAUUUCACCCCGACCCCCGCUGUGGCUAGCAACUGUCGCUGUAUAUCGUGCGUGGCACAGGAGCAGCUGAUACGGGCGGAGGAAUCUCAUCAGGCUGAAGUGGCUCGACUGCAGCAGGAGUUGGAGGCUCUAGAGCGAGGCGUGGCAGACAAAGAGAAACGAAUACAUGCAAUGAGCGAGCAGCAUGCGGAGCAGUUGAAUCGGCAAAUGACUACUACUGACAAACGACUCUCGGAAGCCUCGAUACGAUAUGAAAAGGAGCUUAAUGACAUGAAGGAUAGCAUGGCAGAUUUACAGAAGGAGCUUGCAGCCUCUAAUGAACGGUGUGCCGAGUUGAUGAUGGAGACGGAGCAAGUUCGGAAAGAAAUGAGGAAGGCGGAGACAGAUAUGCAGGAUCAUAAGCAUGCGAGGGAACAGUUGGAGAGGGAAGUAGCGGAUAAGCAUCGAGAGUUGAUGGAAAGGUCAGCUGAGUUGGCGGCCACUAGACGGCGAGCGGGUGAGGAGAUGUCUCAGCUGAGGACAGAGCUUGGUCGAGAACGGCAGGCACUACAUGAUAAGGAAGCUGCAGUGGACAAUUACCAACGGGAAAUGAAUGCUCUAAAGGCGUCCCUAGAGGAAGCUGUGGCUUGCAGAAAGCGUCGGGAGGCAGAAUUCGAGAACACUCUUUCAUCAGAGAGGUCAAAGCGCGAAGUCAUCCGGCGAGAGUUAGAGCAGGCUAAGGAGACUUUCGCUGCAGAGAAGCUACAUCUAUUGACUCGGGCAUCAGAGAUGGAGUCCAAUCUGCGGGAGGCGGAAUCGAAGUUGUCAGUAGCCGAGCAGAGAGCGGACUCUAGAGAGAAGGAGUUGCGGGCAGCUCAUGACAAAGUGAGCUCUAUACGGGAGCAGCUGGUAGCAGCCGAGGCAGAGUCAAAGGAUAUGGCAGAGAGAGCAGCCAAUGAGUUGAGGAAGACUUCCCGGUUGGAGCGGGAAAAGGAGGCGACUGAGGUUAAGUUGUCUAGUAUGACCACAGUACUCGCCGAGACGAGGCGUACUGGGGAGGCGCUUCAGCAUCAGCUUGAGGGCAGUCAGAAGGAACAUGCGACGAUGAGUGCCAAGAAGCAGGAGGAGAUACGGGCCCUGCAGAUUAAGUUGGAGACGACGCAGAAGGCAUUAGAGGAGACGAGGAAGGUACUACAGACCAUGCGGGAUCUGCAUAGACAGUCCAAUGAGCUAAUGGGCACCCUCUCCUUAUAG